AUGGUGAGCCACGACGGACUCGAUCUGGGGUUUGGCGCAACCCAUUUUUUCAUGCCUGAACAGAAGUUCGGGGCAGUGAUAUUUGGGAAUUCGAACAAUGCGUCUAAUGUUGCGAGGAUGAUCAAGUAUAAGCUUGCAGAUUGGGUGACGGCUGGGAUCGAGAAGCGGUACUCAAGUUUGCUUGAGGGUGUGUCUUCGAGCGAGAGUGAUGAUGAGGAAGAUGAGGCAGAUGAAGAAGAUGAGGAAGAUGAAGAUGACUUCACUGAUCUUGAGAAUGAGAUGAUUGAUGAGUUAUGUGCUGAUGGAGGCGUGAGGAGUGACCAGACCAUGGCCCUGUCAGCUUAUACAGGCGAGUACUGGCAUGAAGGGUACAAGGGAAUCAAAGUCACGCAGAAACAGGGCCGGUUGUUCGUUGAUGCGAGAGAUCGAUCGGUGAGAUUCACGUUGGAAUUCAUGCACAUCUGUGACCAGAGGAAGUAUAUCGCUUACAUGGUCGAGAUGAGCGAGCAGGAUGUCCGGGCUCCUGUGAAAGCGGAGUUUGUGCUCGAGGGCGAGAAGGCGGUGCAGCUUGGUCUGACGCUGGAGGCUACGUGGGAUGGGUAUAUCUGGUUCAAGAGGGUGGAUGCGGCAGACGUAUAG